UCAUAUCAACCAAAUUAGAACUUUCGCUACAAGCUCCCUCGACCGAGCCCCUCGCACUUGUUCAGGUGAAAUGUAGCCUAGGCUACAUGACUCCAACCGCGGUAGCCUUAUCGUCCCCCAUCAUUUGCAUAGGCGUGCAUUUUGCAGGGAAGCUUAUGCCGGGGCCUCCUCCGUUCAUAGCUAUGUGUGCAAGCGUUUCAACAGCGUUUUAACGCCACCUGGAGGUCGCGUGGAUUUGUACCAUACCCCUGUUCUGUUGGAGCCAUUGGAAGCACUGGGACCGCGCGCUCACUUCCUUAUCCAUUCGAUCCGAAUGCAAAAAUAGCUGUGCACUCAAAGACACAACCCACCUCUAACCCUUUCACCAUUGGGAUACCAUAAUUUAAACUAAGCCUGUGGUAACCGAUUUCAGGAGGUUGGGGGCGAGGGAGGGGUGCGACUGGCCAUGGAGAGCGCUCUGAGCGCCCGCGACCGGGUGGGGGUGCAGGACUUCGUCCUGCUGGAGAACUCCAACAGCGAGGCGGCCUUCAUCGAGAACCUGCGGCGGCGCUUCAAGGAGAACCUCAUUUAUACUUAUAUCGGGUCGGUGCUGGUGUCGGUGAACCCCUACAAGGAGCUGGAGAUCUACUCCAAGCAGCACAUGGAGCGCUACAGAGGGGUCAGCUUCUUCGAAAUCUCCCCCCACAUCUACGCGGUGUCAGAUAACACGUACCGGGCCAUGAGGACGGAGAGGAGGGACCAGUGCAUCCUGAUCUCCGGGGAGAGCGGUGCCGGGAAGACGGAGGCGUCCAAAAAGAUCCUGCUCUACUACGCCGUCACCUGCCCCGUCAGCGACCACAUGUCCGCCCUCAGGGACCGCCUGCUGCAGUCCAACCCCGUGCUUGAGGCUUUUGGUAACGCUAAAACGCACCGGAACGACAAUUCCAGCCGGUUUGGCAAAUACAUGGACGUCCAGUUUGAUUUCAGGGGGGCGCCAUUAGGCGGGCAUAUCCUCAACUACCUGCUGGAGAAGUCCCGUGUGGUGCACCAGAACCAUGGCGAGAGGAACUUCCACAUUUUCUACCAGCUGCUGGAGGGAGGGGAAGAAGACCUGCUCAAAAGACUAGGCCUGGAGAGAAACCCUCAGAACUACCACUACCUGGUUAAGGGUAACUGCCCCAGGGUGAGCUCCAUGAACGACAAGAGUGACUGGAAAGCUGUGAGGAAGGCCAUGCAGAUCGUCGACUUCACCGACGGGGAAGUGGAGGAGCUGCUGAACGUCAUCGCCUGCGUCCUCCACCUCGGCAACACCCAGUUCGGCGAGGGCGACGACGGGGAGACUCGCAUCACCACGGAGGCGCAGAUCCGAAACCUGUCCAAGCUGCUGGGCGUGGACAGCUCCGCGCUCGGUAGAGCUCUCACUCACAAGACGCUGUUGGCCAAAGGAGAGGAGAUGAUCAGCCCGUUGAAUUUCGAGCAGGCCGCCUCGGCCCGCGACGCCCUGGCCAAGGCCAUUUACGGCCGCACGUUCACCUGGCUGGUGGAGAAGAUCAACCAAUCCCUGGCUCUCAAGGAUGAGGCCUACCCCGGCAGCAAAGGCUCGUCUGUCAUUGGUCUGUUGGACAUCUAUGGUUUCGAGGUCUUCCAACACAACAGCUUUGAGCAGUUCUGCAUCAACUACUGCAAUGAGAAGCUGCAGCAGCUGUUCAUUGAGCUGACCCUCAAGUCUGAGCAGGAGGAGUACGAGGCCGAGGGCAUCGCGUGGGAGACGGUGCAGUACUUUGACAACAAGAUCAUCUGUGACCUGGUGGAGGAGAGACACAAAGGCAUCAUCUCCAUCCUGGACGAGGAGUGCUUGAGACCGGGCGAGGCCUGCGACGGCUCCUUCCUGGAGAAGCUGGAGGACGCGCUGGGAGACCACGGCCACUUUGUCACUCACAAGUUGGGGAGCGGGAAGACCCGGAAGGCGAUGGCCAGGGACGAGUUCCGUCUGCUCCACUACGCAGGAGAGGUCAACUACAGUGUCCACGGGUUUCUAGACAAGAACAACGACCUGCUGUACAGGAACCUGAAAGAGGUAAUGUGCCAGUCAGAGAACCAGAUCAUGACUCAGUGCUUCCACAGAGAGGAAGUGACGGACCAGAAACGUCCGGAAACGGCUGCCACUCAGUUUAAAAACAGCCUGGCCAAACUGAUGGAGAUCCUUAUGUCCAAGGAGCCAUCCUAUGUGCGCUGUAUCAAACCUAACGAUGCCAAGCAGUCAGGGCGGUUUGACGAGGCCCUGGUCAGACACCAGGUGAAGUACCUGGGCUUGAUGGAGAACCUGAGGGUCAGGAGAGCUGGCUUUGCCUACCGCCGCCGCUACGAGGCCUUCCUACAGAGAUACAAGUCACUGUGUCCCGAGACAUGGCCCAACUGGCACGGCAGACUGGCAGACGGCGUGGCCCUCCUGGUCAAACACCUGGGCUACAAACCAGAGGAGUUCCAACUGGGAAGGUCCAAAAUCUUCAUCCGUUUCCCCAAAACCCUGUUCACGACGGAAGAUUCCCUUGAGGCCAGGAAGCCGGCCGUCGCUCUGACUUUACAAACGUCUUGGAGGGGAUACAGAGAAAAGGCCAAAUACCGACGAAUCCGACACUCAGUGAUAGUGAUCCAGUCCGGGUGGCGAGGAAUGAAAGCACGGAGGAGAGCCAAGCGGCGACGCCAGGCUGCCGACACGAUCCGCAGGUUCAUCAAGGGCUUCAUCUACCGCCACGAGGGCCGCUGCCCGGAGAACGAGUUCUUCCUGGACCACCGGCGGUUCUCCUUCCUCGUGGCCGUGCGCCGGAGCCUGCCCCGGACCGUGCUGGACAAGAGCUGGCCCGCCCCCCCGCCGGCCCUCUCUGAGGUGUCGGAGUGCCUCCGCAGACUGUGCAUGCAGAACAUGGUGCGUGCAUACUGCCAGAGGAUACAACCUGAAUGGAAGAAGCAGAUGGAACAGAAGAUGGUGGCCAGCGAGAUCUUCAAGGACCAGAAAGACUGCUACCCCCAGAGUGUCUCCAAACUUUUUGUAGCAUCCAGGCUAGACAACGAGCAGAUCAACCUCAAAGUAGUUCAGACUCUGGGCAACGACAAAGUGAAGUACGGCAUCGCGGUCACCAAGUACGACCGACGGGGCUACAAGGCGCGGCCCCGCCAGCUCCUCCUCACCGCGACCUUCGCCGUGCUGGUGGCCGAGGCCAAGCUGAAGCAGCGGGUCGACUACGCUGCCCUGAGGAGCAUCUCCGUGAGCUCCCUCAGUGACGGUGUUUUUGUUCUGCACGUGUCCAAUGAAGACAACAGGCAGAAGGGCGACGUGGUGCUCCAGUGUGACCACGUCAUCGAGGCGGUCACCAAGCUCGCCAUGAUGGCGGACAACAUCAACAGUGUCAACGUCAGCCAGGACAGCAUCAGGUUUGCUGUGGCACGGGGGAGGGAAGGCGUGGUGGACUUCACCAGUGGCUCCGAUCUGAGGGUGGCCAAAGGCAAGAAGGGACACCUGGUAGUGACGGCCCCUCAAAUCAACACCAGAUGACCUUGAGGACUUCCAAGUUCAUCGUCGACAGCAUCGUUACUUGCUGUAGCCAAUUUAUUCGCCACUCACAAGUUGUUUUUGCUUUAGAUAUAUAUAUAUAUAUAUAUAUAUAUAGAU